CGCCAUUCAACAUGUUUAGAAAGAAGGAGAUGAUUGCAAAAGAUAUUAAAAUUCUCAAAUAUUUUGCCAUAAUGAAAAAAUGUCAUUCUGAAACCUUAGGACUUGGUCCUAUACCAAUCAAG